AAUUCAGGUUUCCGAUUUCGCGUCCGCUGGACGUACGUUGGUGUGUCAACCAUUUUCGUGUAUUAUUUCGAAAUUAUUCAUGCUUAAGGUUCAUUUGCAUGAGAUUUCAUGUUUACUCAGAGAAGUAAUGAUAUGUUUAUGCCAGUCUGCGAAAUCGAAUACAUAUUUCCUCAUAAUUUAAUGUUCUAACGCUUUCCAAACAAGGAGGAUGGUGUAAUGCUACAAUUAUUUUAAAAUCAUCAUCUGAUCAUAUGCUGUAUGGUAUUUCAAGAAAAUUGGUCUUAGUGUUUCUUGUUUUUACGGAAUUUGUUGUACAUGUCUUAAAUCUAACGGUUAGUCAUAAUGCAUCGAUCCCGGCUACAACUGAAUCAAAGAAUUUGCGUGUGCUCUACCGUUUUUACAAGCCUGAUAAUCUUGAUUUUGUGUAUGUCGCAAGUGUGAAUUCAAUUAGACAAUUCAGUGUCGAUAAACUACAGCUUGUUGCAGAACGUAUUACUGGUCCACGUAACUUCUCCAUCUAUUGUCUAUCGAAUGGUGAUAGCUGUGAAAAGUGUAUGCAUAUAGAUCGGUCAUCGUUUCCCUUCGGUUAUGGUGCUGAUUUCUGUCUCCCCCAUCCAACUAACAAUUAUGUCAAAGCAUGGGGUACUUCAGGUUUUCCAGGCCCUGAAAUACAUAGUUUCAACUACUCUGAGUGGGAUCAUGAAUCUCAUUUCGUAAAUGAUGACAGAAUAACCUUCGAAGAUGGCUUAUAUGUAUGCAAUACUGUCUUUCAUGGAUACUGUGAAAGGCUAGGUUUGAUAAAUGUCAGUCAAGAAUCCCCAUGGUCAAUCGGUACAAGAAAUCCACUGGUAGACAAGAAAAGUAAAAACCCACAAGAAAUACCAGUUGUUGGAUCUCUUCCCUAUACACAUUCUGUCCUAGUUGUUGGUUCAGAAUAUAUUUAUGUGGGCACAGAGCCUGAUGGACUCCAAGAACACACGCUCAUUACAUUUGAUCCACUAACUGUGCGACUAAAGAACUUUCACUUAUGUAGUACUCAACCUAGCUUUGAAAGCAGAGCGCAGUUGUCAACAAAUCCGAGCUUACGGAUACAAUACAAAUCUGCUUUCCGAUACAGAUCAAUGUCAACUAAUUUGGAGUCCCAAGAUCAGCUGUUUAGACCUGCUUAUGUAUAUUUCGUUCUUCAGCAGCCUGAAAGUUCACCUUUUUUCCGGUGGCAAUCACGAAUAGCUCGAGUGUGUGACGGAGAUAAGUUUAUUUCCUCUUACGUUGAACUGAAUAUAGCAUGUUUUGAGUGUAUAUUUGAAGAUGAUGAAAAAAUGUUUAACGCAUUACAUUUCUCUUCACGUGGUACUGUUGGGAAGCAGUUAGCUAGAGAAUUAUUAGAAAACUUUCAGUCCCAGUAUGAUGAUAAUUUGUAUUCUAGAAUUGAUAUAACUACUAAUGAUCAUUCAGAAGUUCUUAUUGUAGCGUUUGCUUCACAACCUAUUGACCCUUUAUAUUACUGGUCUACACGCAAUGUUAGUCCAGAUAUUGAUUUGCCGAAUGUUCAAUACAAUCCUGAUUCAUCAUAUCGACAUGGAUCAAUUUUGUUGCCUGGUUCUGCUAUCUCCUUAUUUUCUAUGACACAGAUUAAUGCCAAAUUUGAUCGUGUCGUUAUGAAUUGUUUGGACGGCAUUGGAAUGCAUGGACCGUCACAUUUUCUACAUUCUGGAAGUAGCGGAAAUUCUAGAUGUGUUAAAGAUGAUUAUUCUAGGAAUUUGAUCCAUGAUUGUCCUAGUAGUCGUCAACUCAAUCAGUUUAUUACAGGGAAUGAUCCAGACGAUGAUAUCUAUUCUCCAGCAUUGUUGUACUUCAAAUCUAAUGUUACCGGUAUGGCAAUAACCGCUGUAUCACAGGAAUUCACAGUUGCAAUAUUUACAACAGAUGAUGGCUAUCUAUACAAGUAUGAGCUUCUUGGUCUUCGCAAAGUACAUCUUUUAGGAUCUUUACAACUGGUUACAAAUGGCCAACCAAUAACAAGCCUAGCAUUGGACCACACUGGGACAAUAGCUUUUGCGACAUCAUUUCAAAAGGUUUUUCGCAUUGAGUUAUUCAACUGUUCAGCGUACUUAACAUGUCAGUCAUGUUUAAAGGCUCGUGAUCCUUAUUGUGGUUGGUGUAUAGCAGAAGGUCGUUGUUUACUGUUUCACCAAUGUCCUUUAGCAAUGUCUCAUGUAAAAACACUUAAUGAUCUCAAAAAGAAACGAUCUCCAAACAGGUAUGGUGGUAGCGAAUAUUCCGCAUUGGAUCGAGUUUAUUGGUUACACUAUAAUACCUCUACCAAUAAAUGCCCAGUAAUUAGACAAGUUAGUCCGCCUGGUAUUCAAAUAAGUAUAACCCCAACGGUUACUUAUGCAAAGGAGAACAGUAAAUAUUAUCAGCAAAACAUAAUUCUGAGCUUGGAUUCAUUUCUUUCACAGAACCUCCCUAAUUCUGACUUUCCAGAAGAAUCUCUUUCCAGAAAUCAACCUCAUCAAAUAAAUUCCUUUGACGAUUUCGGGAAUUCCCAUCAUCCAUCAUUGGAUAAAAGUAGUAUUGCUACGAGCUCUCAGUUGUUUUGCAGUUUUCGAGAAGCACCAACAUCAGUUCUUCAAAUGGAAUCCUUGAUCUCUGGAACUAUUUCUAAUUUUGAUUUAAAUAAAAUUUUGUUGAAUGUUACACGUACACCACUUCUCACUAGAACUGUUGCCAAGUUGUUUUACUCGUCUGGAAAACCUAUAGAAGCUCACUGCUUGUCUCCAGCCACAACACGAUUACCUCAACUUAAGGAUGAUAAAGCUUCUGUACCUUUGUUAUUAUGGUUAGAAAAAGUAAGAACAACUGAUGUAGAUCCUGAUAAUGUUGGUGCACUUGCACCUGCUUUAUUUGCUGUUUAUAAUUGUUCUCAACUUAAAGAUUGUCAGUCUUGUACACGAAGUCGUUUUGUAUGCGCUUGGUGUUUAUUUGAAGAUCAAUGUGUCCCCGUUUUUCCAACAUUAUCACCAGAUGGACAAAUAACAAAUAGUGUGUGUAAAGAUUCUUCUCAUCUUUACUCUAAAUCUUAUGAACAAAUUAAUCCUCCAUUUGGUAUUAUUCCUCCUGGUCAUGCUGACGACUGUCCAAGUUUCAAGGGAUCUCCCCAAAGAAUCACAUUGACUAGUGGUUCAUCGCUUACUGUUAACUUCUAUGUUUCGAAUGUUCAGAAACAACAAAUUGUUGGAUUUAGUUGCUCAGAAAACUGUACAAAUCAACACGUUCGUGCUUCAUUUAACCCAUCUAAUUCAACCGUGUUCUGUCAUAUAGAAGUGAUGAAUCUGACCGAACACUUAAGUACUCGUCUGCUAAGUAACAAUGAUAUCCAACGAUCACAUGAUACAGCUGUAAUUUGUGGCUUAGAUCUUUAUUGGCACGGAUUGAACAGUCGUGAUGCAAAAGGCCAUCGUAUGGUUAACGAAGAUCAAGUUCAAGUGGAGGUUUAUGCAUGCGAAUGGUUGGCCGAAUACUGUGAUGAAUGUUUAGAUCUUCCUCCCCGAUUUGGUUGUGGCUGGUGUGUUUAUGCUCAGGAAAAUAUCCAUAUUAAUGACUAUGAGAAUAAAAGCAUACUAAAUGAAGGCAAAUGUCGUACUCAGAAUUCAUGCGUUACACGUAAAUAUUUCAAUGGUUCUGCAGCUGUACGUCAGCAUUCUUUUCGUCCGGGUGAUGUCUGCCCAGAUCCUGAAAUCCUAACUCUUUCCCCAACUAAUGCCACUUUGACAGGACAACCGAUACUUACUAUUACUGGUAGAAAUCUGGGUCGUAGUGUAUCUGAUAUAGUAGAUGUCUUUUUGGAUCUUCAAUCGAAAAUUCAAUGUAUUGUUUUAUCGGAAACAUAUCAACGUUCACAUAAAUUUAUGUGUAAGCUUGUUACAGCACCUCAUUUAUCACUUCCUGUUUCUGGCAAAUUAAAGGUUGUGAUAAGCAAUAAACGAUAUGAAGCAUUUUCACCUGUUUUUCACUUCGCUGUUCCUCAUUUAAUACAUGCCACACCUCACCGUGGACCUAAAGCAGGUGGAACAAGAUUAUAUUUAUCAGGUACUAACCUAAACAUUGGGAGGCAACGCGCUGUUUAUUUAUAUCUCCCAACAAUCAGUGGGACAAGUGAUGAAUCUUAUCAAGAUAGGUUUUCAGAAUCUGAUGUUCAUGUGAAAUGUGAAAUAGAACAAGAAUCUGAAACAUUAAUUGUUUGUUUAACUACUCCAUUACUUAAAGAAACAAUGAAUACAAUGAGAAAUAAAAAACAAUUUAAACGGCAUUCAUCAUUUGUAAACUCUUACUAUGAUGACAAUAAUAAGACAUCAAUAACACCAGAAACAACAACGAUAAUAGAAGAUGAACAUCAUAUAUCAUUAUCAUUAGUUAUAAUGCAUGAUAUGACUUUAACUUAUCUAUCACAUUCAUUUUCAUUUAUCUAUACACCGAAUCCAUCUAUACUGGAAGUUCAACGACAAAGCGUUUUGGUUGGAGGUGGAACUACCGUACGAGUUCUUGGAUCUUUUUUAUUUGUAGUUCAAGACCCUAGAUUAGUCUUUUAUUUCAAUGGUUCCGAGUAUAGCAUGAGUUGCCUUGUUUCUUCAAAUGGACAAUUAGAUUGUUUCAGUCCUUCUCUUGGGAUGUUUCAAGAUACUCAUUUGGUCAAGGAUAUGAAUGAUAAACACAUAUAUACAAGUGAAAAACUUGAUAAUCUCUCUAGUACUAGUGUUUGGACAAAUAGAAAACAAUAUAUUACAUCUUGUUUGCCGAUUUCUCAACCACUGGUGUUGUCUCAAUUGAAAUCAAACCGCGAGUUUUAUAAUUCUGCCUUUACAUCUAAUCCACCUAAUUGGCCAAUUGAUGUACCAUAUGGUUUUAUUAUGGAUGGUGUACAUCAACUUCGCAUAUUUGGUCUCAUUAAAGUGUAUCAAGAUCCUAUUGUAAUUCCAUUUCCUGAUGGUAUUCGUGUGGAAAAUCUUGAUGAUUAUCUAACAGAUGAUUUAAUAAACGAUCAGCAUAUUGAACUUAAUACUUAUCAACGUCAAAUAUCUAACCAAUCGUUGGAACUUUCAUCUCAAUCAAUUUCAUUGACAAAUACCCAUACAUUAUUCAAUCACAUAGAUUAUUCAAAUGUUAGACAAUUAAUUCGAAUUCAUGGCCAUUUUGAUGCUCUUAUCAAUGCUCCAGAACUAGCUAAAUCGGAUGAAUUAGUUGUAAGAAUAGGCGAUUCAUUAAUUUGUGAAGUUAAUUCCAUUAUAUUGACAGAAAUACGUUGUGAUUUAGAUAGAAAAAUGAUUCAUAAACAUCAAGAUUAUCCUGUUGAAGUUCAAUUUGGACGUUUUCUUAUUUAUCGUCCUGGUUCUGUUCGUUUUGUUGCUUUACGUCAAGCAGCGUUACGCAGUCAAAUUAUCAUGAUAUUUAUUGGUCUUCUUCUAAUUUUAAUUUUUGUUUGUCUGAUUGGAUUUAUAAUUUGGCGACGUUUUAUGCAACAUCAAAGAAAUUAUCAAGCUAAACUUGAUGAAAAAUACGCUGAACAUGAAAAUCGUGUUGUUCGUAUAUUUAAAGAAGAUUUCAUGGAAUUACAAACAAGUAUGCAAGAAUUUUCUCAAGAAGUGAAAAAGCAUAAUCUCCCUUAUCGAGAUUAUAAAACAUUCUGCCUGUUUUCGUUAUUUCCUGAAUAUCAUUGUGAAUUAAUGAAUCCAAUCGAUCCACAUUUAUCGGCUCCAUUAAUAAUUAAAACUGAUAUAACAAUUAAACCAUUGAAUAGUGCAAUUGUACCACGACAUCCAUUGUUGUCACCUUUCACAGUGCAUGUUCGAGCGCAUGAUGAUGCAACCAAAGGAAUCUCGUUAUUUCACGCACUCUUGUGCAAUCGUCACUUUUUAUACCUUUUAAUUCAUUUGAUUGAAGAAGAUAAAUAUAUAAUGGCUAAAGAUAAAUCUCGUAUUGCUUCUCUACUCUGUGCAGCUUUACAACCGAAAAUGGAUUAUUUGACAAGUGUUAUGUUUGAUUUAAUGACCGAUCUUUUGUACCAACUUCGUCUUCAAGGAGAUGCUCGUUUAGCUACUGCUUUUCGACGAGCUGAAACAAUUGUCGAUAAAAUCCUAUCUAACUGGUUAACAUUCCUAUUGUAUAAGUUUAUUAAAAAUAGCGUCGGUGAAAAUUUAUUUUAUUUUUACCGAGCUCUUCUACAACAAAUAAAUAUGGGUCCACGUGAUGCUAUAACUGGGAAAGCUAGAUAUACAUUAGACAGUUUUUCAUUACUUCAAACAGAAAUGACUGGAAAGCAGAUUACACUCUGUGUUGAAGAUCCUGAGCAAUUAUUUGGUUUAUCUACUUCAUAUAUUUCUGUAAAAGUGCUUGAUUGUGAUACAAUAACUCAGGCCAAGGAGAAAAUUUUAGAUGGAAUCUAUAAAAAUAAGCCAUAUUCAAAACAAAUUAAAUCUACACAAUUAGAUUUAAAGAGAUUAGAUGAACAACGAGUUAUCGCACAAAACCCUGAAAAUGAAUUAUUUACUGGUCAAACUUUAACGGAUUGGGACGUAAAGAUUCGUUCGAAUUCAUCAAAUUCCACUGAUCAUGACAAGUUACCAUUCCGAUUGAACUGUAUUGCAGAUUAUCAUCUCAAAGACAAUGCACAUGUUGCACUGGUUACUUGCGAAUUUACUAAAUCCAAUCAUAGUCAAUCCAUAUCGAAUGCAUUACAAUCUAAUGCUUUUCAACCUCAAUCAACAGUAGCUCAAAAUUCAUGCUUUCCCGUGGAUGAAUUUGUUCAUAUACCUCCUAUGUCUCGUCCGUUACCACCAAUCUCUCCUACUGGUACUACAAAGUCAGUCAAAAAUAAUACUGACCAGCUAACAAGUAUCACAAACCCUUUACUUAAUGGUCAUAUCAGCAGUGAUCAAUUAUAUUUGUCGAAAUUUUCUACUCCAUCUGAUGAACCUUUUUGUUUUCGUCCAGUCGGAACUCCUGAUCCUAAACUUUGGUAUCAUAUAGAGUGGACAGGCAACCAUAAUGACAAUAUCAUGAAUCCUAGUGGAACCAUCAAGAAAUCCAUUAAACGUCUAGAUAAAAGAUCUGAUAAAUUAGAGCGUUUGUUAUGCACAUGCAUUCAUAAAGUUGACGAUUCCCAUGCAAAUAAUUCUUUCGGUAAUAAAGGCGAUAUUUCUUCACGUGAUUUAAAUCAAAAUGAAGUGACCAAAAUGUGUUCAGAAUGUACAACACGUCACCCUCUUUUAUCACCUUCUGAGGUAAAUUCUUUAAAGAACCAUGCUACCUUACUAUCGGUCAAUAAAUCAAAACGCUUUAAAAAGGGGAAGAAACAUCAUCACAAUCGCCUGAAUUAUAGGAGGGAUACAUCAGAACUUUCAGUUUUCAAAGGUGAAAAAAAUGCAUUAAUGCCAUCUGAAACUUCGAGAAGUUUGGAUCAUCUUAUGGAAACGUUACCAAAAGAAGUGUUCUUUAAUCGUCUUUUGUUAACACGCUUAUCUGUCACAAAAUAUAUGGAUAAAUUAUUCGAAGUCAUGUUCAGCAGCGUUGUACAGUCGCAUAGUUUACCAGCUCCAAUUAAAUAUCUUUUUGAUUUUUUGGAUGAUAAAGCAAUUAAACUAGGCGUACACGAUUCGAAAAUAAUUCAUGCUUGGAAAUCUAACUGUAUACAGAUGCGUUUCUGGAAUCAAUUUAUUACCAAUUUGGAUUAUAUAUUUGAUGUUCCCUUAUUACGUAAUACUGCAUUAGAACGUUCGUUUCAUGCAUUCAGUCAUGCUAUGACCUAUGCAUGUGCACCAAAUAAAGAAAAAAUAACUAAGGAUUCGUCUUGUGUAAAACUGCUUUUUGCUCCAGAUAUUUCUGUAAGUCUAAGAUAAAUUUUAUGAUAAGUAUUGAUUUGUACGCGAAAAAAUGAGACAAGCUUUUUAAGUAUAAAUAUUGCAUGUCUUAUAUAAGUAUGACCUUCUUUUUGCUAUGACAUUAAUGUUCAUUGAUAACUUUAGCUUUUUCAAUUAUAAUUCAUUCUUUUGAUCAGCAACAUGAUAAUUAAUUUCUGGAUGUGAUGUGUUACAAAACUGAACCCUAUAUAAAUAGGAAAAGCAUGAGAUUGAAUUAGCAGGUUUUUUGCGGCUGGACACUACCCCAAGGCGUUGCACACUGUCGCCAAAAUUCUACCUGGCCCUCCAUGGUUCUUUAGUGCAAAUCAUUGCUUGAUGAAACAACCCAUUUCUAAAAGGCGUAAUGUUUCAAGUUUUGUAUUUGAUAUUUUUCACUGCUUCUGGUAAUAGUUAUGGUUUUGUGAACGUACUUUUAUUCAUGAGUUUGUUAUUAGUCCCACACAACAUACAAGUAAAUAUUUAAUUUACUGAAAAAGAAAUCCGUUUGUAAUAAUGUUUAAUUAAUAUGUUAAAAUUAAAUUAUAGGGGUAAAUAUUGAAGAAAAUGUGGAAAGGUGAGAUAAUGAAGUGUAAAUUAUGGCGAUAAAACUUCGUUCUCAGUUUGCUUACAAUCUUCCUUAAAUCUUUAAAUGAAUCAAUCAGAAGAAAUAUAAACAGACUGUACAAAACGUAGAUGAAAAUCUCUUGAUAGUCUGCGAUUAUAGGGUCUUCUGUUUUAUACGUUCAAUAUAUGUAACACAAUUUUAGUAUUUUUAUACUAAAACACAAACUUUACUCAUUACAAAACUUGAAGAACUCUCACUGUAAUUAACAAAAUUGUACAAGUUAAUAAUUCAGUACCUAAUGUUUUAUUUGCCUGUUAAUACAUCAGAUUACAAUGAAUUAGUUGAUUAAUAUUAAAUUGGGAAGCUUGUUUUGUGUACUUGCUGACUGACUAACCUUAAUUUAUUAUGGAUAUAUCUGUAAGGAGUCUCUUAAAGGUAAUUGGUUUUUACGAUUAACAUUUAGAGUUACUUCUCUUUUUCACUCUUUAGAAAUGUUAUUAUUUUUUCGAUUAAUCUGUCUAUAUUCUUAAAUAGAAUUUAUCUCAGUAUUAAAUUAUGAAACUCAAUUGUAAACUAUCAUUUAUUUUUUUCUCUCUUUUCCAUUUAGCAACAAUGGGAUAGAGUGCAUAAUUACUAUCGUGAAAUUAAAGCUUUACCUACAGUUGAACAAGAAACAAUGAAUAAUCUGCUACGACAACAUUCUCAGAAUCAUUCUACAGAUUUCAAUGUUUCUUGGGCAGUUUUUGAAUUGUACACAAAAUAUGUUAGAAAUUAUCAAGAUGUGCUCAUAGCUCAUUUACAACAAGAUGCCAUCACUCGAUCAUACAGUAAUUAUAAAAUUUCAGAGCAAAACCCUUUUGAAAAAUCUUUUAUGUCUACAAAUACAGAAUGGAAUCCUGUGCAAAUUAUUCAAAUCCUUAUUGAAAUUAAACGAUGUUUAGAUAAUGUACAAACUAUUCAAACAUCAAGCAAUGAUAAAUUUCAUCAUUAUUAUCAUCAAAAUACAAUGCAUCCAAAUAUUAAUUCAUUUUUACCAAGUUCUAAAAUAGUUGGUGAUGUUUCUGUUCCAUAUGGUUCAACAACUGCAAUUUUCCGCCCUUCUUGUGCUACUACUACUACUACUAAUGUUGAUGUUGGUAAUUUUUCUCAACUUUCUUCUGCUCCAAGUCAAACUGCAACUGAUUGUUUAGAUACACUUCGUUCAUAUAACACAUUAACUACAGAAUUUGCUGGUGAUGAAACUAGUCGAUCUGCGCAUCAUUAUUAUUAUCAUCAUCAUUAUUAUCAUUAUCAUCCGAAUGAUGCACAAAUUAAUGAUAAUAAUAAUAAUAAUAAUAACACAUCACCGAAUAAACCGGCUGAUUUGUCUGCUCAUUCAACAGCUAUCAGUACAAAUGAUAUAUAUGCAGACAGUAUUUCUAAAUAUAAAGAUCCAUUAACCUAAAGAAAAAUAUCUUUCUACACAUAUACACUAGGUAAAAUUAGUUUUAAACUCCACUACUUUAUUAAUCUAUUUAUAAUAAUUUGUAGGUAAUGUUUUAUAGUCUUUUUUUCUAAUGGAACAUAAAUCCAUUAUUAUCAUUCAAUGAAAUAGAAUUCAGUUUGUUUAUAAACUGGUUGGUUAGUUGGUUUGGAUUAAAUCAGAAUGUUUUGUUAUGAAUUUAUUUUCCUCCUUCUACACAAUCCGAUUAUUAUUAUUAUUAUUACUAUUCAUUUUUAUUUUACUUUAGGCCAUUCUGACUUGUACUGUUCCAUUGUUUAACACUAUCCAUAAAUUGUGCAAGAGUUAAUUAUUUCAGGCAAAUCACUUAACAAUUACAUUCAUUUGUACACUUUAACCAGUUAUAGUUAUUUUCUGUGUAUAGAUUUCAUUACUGCCUUGUUUUGUUCUGCUUUAUGUUAAGAGUUAUUUUCAUUUAGAAUCAAUAAAUAAAAGAUGGAUAAAUUUUGUACUAUGAUGCAUUUAUUCUUGUUUAGAACUUAUAGUCUCUUAAUUCCUUGGAUUGUAGUAUAUUAGACAAGCUCUUUUUCUUCAUAGGCUUAUGCGUACUUACUAUCAGCGUGUUAUUGUUGCCGGUGAUGAUUUGUAUUUGUUUAUUUUCGUUUUCUUAGUUCUCAUGUUUUCCUCCAUUUGUGUCGUUUUAUUAUCUAAGAUAUACCCUUUUUAUUUGAAUUCGUUUAUUUAUUUACUGUUUCUUGUGAAUAAUUAGCUGCCGUUAAUGUAUUCUCGCACCGUCCCCGCGCUACAAAGUUUACAUUUCGCAAAACUCUGGGUUGGUUUGCUUCAAAAAAUGUAGUCUCGAUUUUUUUCUACACUGUUUUUCCUUUUUUGGUGAUAAACUGUUUUAAUGAUGAAAAUUCCCCCAGGUUCUUCUUUCUUAUUUUCUUAUCCAUCACUCUUACUGUUACCAAGAUAAAAAUGUUACAACUGAAUUUGAAAUCGUGUUAUGGUUUAAAUAUUAUUAUUACCCACUGAAUUGCCCUUUUAUUUAAUCCCGAAUUAAAAUAUGGCUUACAAUUAUGAACUUACAUAUGAUACUAAAUAGAAAUGUGAUUAAUUGUGUUGUCUAACUUUUUUCCUUUGUUAAAACGUGCCUUUGGGAAUGUUUAUUAAACUGUUGUGUCUAUUCUCCUUGGCUAGUAUUAAUUACAAUUAGUUUGCAUGAAUCCUAUAAUGACUAGUUAUUUACAAACAUUACUACAAAAUUUCUAAAAGUUUUGAUUAUAGUUGACCAUAUAUAAACUUAUCUAACUGAUUACCUAACUACUGCUCAUUGUACCAUUGACUUAGAGCUAUCACACGUAUAUAGUAUGGCGACUGAAAAUAUUACG